UGUUCUAGUAUUGCUCCCUGUGACUGUGUCAUGAUCAGCUUUGUAUCAUGAGAAUCUCAGUUCCUGGCACAUAUAAUAAGUGCGUGAUAGGGACUUCCCUGGUGGUGCAGUGGUUAAGAAUCUGCCUGCCAGUGCAGGGGACUCGGGUUCGAUCCUUGGUCCGGGAAGAUCCCACAUGCCGCAGAGCAACUAAGCCCAUGCUCCACAACUACUGAGCCUGUGCCCUAGAGCCUGUGAGCCACAACUACUGAGCCCGCAUGCCACAACUACUGAAACCCUUGCACCUAGAGCCUGUACUCUGCAACAAGAGAAGCCAAUGCAAUGAGAAGCCCGUGCACCACAACAAAGGGUAGCCCCCGCUCGCCGCAACUAGAGAAAGCCCGCGCGCAGCAAUGAAGACCCAAUGCAGCCAUAAAUAAAUAAAUAAGUUUCACUGGAAGAAAAAAAUGCAACCAUUAUUUAUGACCCUAAACUGCAGACUCCAAAGACCCUACAGGAAGCCAUUGAUGACAUGGGCUUUGAUGCUGUUCUGCACAAUCCUAAGCCGCUCCCUGUUUUAACUGAGACCGUGUUUCUGACUGUUACUGCUUCACCGGCUCCGCCAUGGGAGCAUAUCCAAAGCACCUUGCUCAAGACGAGGGGUGUGACAGACAUUAAAAUUUCCCCUCAGCAGAGAACUGCAGUGGUGAUAAUAAUCCCUUCUAUAGUGAAUGCCAGUCAGAUAGUAGAGCUGGUUCCAGCUCUCAGUUUAGAUACAGGAACUCUGGAGAAAAAGUCAGCAGUUUGUGAAGAUUUCAGUAUGGCUCAAGCAGGUGAAGUCAUGCUGAAGAUGAAGGUGGAAGGAAUGACCUGCCAUUCAUGUACUAGCACCAUUGAAGGAAAAAUUGGGAAACUGCAAGGUGUUCAGCGAAUUAAAGUUUCCCUGGACAAUCAAGAAGCUACUGUUGUUUAUCAACCUCAUCUUAUCACAGCAGAGGAAAUAAAAAAGCAGAUGGAAGCUGUGGGCUUUCCAGCAUUCAUCAAAAAACAGCCCAAGUACCUCAAAUUGGGAGCUAUUGAUAUAGAACGUCUAAAGAACACACCAGUCAAAUCCUCAGAAGGAUCACAGCAAAGGAGCCCAUCAUAUACUAAUAAUUCAACAGUCAUUUUCAUCAUAGAUGGCAUGCAUUGUAAAUCAUGUGUGUCAAAUAUUGAAAGUGCUUUAUCUACACUCCAAUAUGUAAGCAGUGUAGUCGUUUCUUUAGAGAAUAGAUCUGCCACAGUAAAGUACAAUGCAAGUUUAGUCACUCCAGAAACUCUGAGAAAAGCAAUAGAGGCCAUAUCACCGGGGCAAUAUAGAGUUAGUAGUACAAGUGAAAUUGAGAGUACCUCAAACUCUCCCUCCAGCUCAUCUCUUCAAAAGAGUCCUCUGAACAUAGUUAGCCAGCCUCUGACUCAAGAAACCGUGAUAAACAUUGAUGGCAUGACUUGUAAUUCUUGUGUGCAGUCUAUUGAGGGUGUCAUAUCAAAAAAGGCAGGUGUAAAAUCCAUACGAGUAUCACUUGCAAAUGGCAAAGGGACUGUUGAGUAUGAUCCUUUACUAACCUCUCCAGAAACCUUGAGAGAAGCAAUAGAAGACAUGGGAUUUGAUGCUUCCUUGUCAGAUACAAAUGAGCCACUGGUAGUAAUAGCUCAGUCCUCAUUGGAAAUGCCACUUUUGACCUCAACUAAUGAAUUUCAUACCAAAAUGAUGACACCAAUUCAUUACAAAGAGGAGGCAAAGACUUCAUCUAAGUGUUACAUACAGGUCACUGGUAUGACUUGUGCUUCCUGUGUAGCAAACAUUGAACGGAAUUUAAGACGAGAAGAAGGAAUAUAUUCUGUACUUGUGGCUCUGAUGGCUGGGAAGGCAGAAGUAAGAUAUAACCCUGCUGUCAUACAACCCCCGAUGAUAGCCGAGUUAAUCCGAGAGCUUGGAUUUGGAGCCACUGUGAUAGAAAAUGCUGAUGAAGGGGAUGGUGUUUUGGAACUUGUUGUGAGAGGAAUGACAUGUGCCUCCUGUGUACAUAAAAUAGAGUCUACCCUCACAAAACAUGGAGGGAUCUUCUACUGCUCUGUGGCCCUGGCAACCAACAAAGCACAUAUUAAAUAUGAUCCAGAAAUUAUUGGUCCCAGAGAUAUUAUUCAUACAAUUGAAAGCUUAGGUUUUGAAGCUUCUUUGGUCAAGAAGGACCGGUCAGCAAGCCACCUAGACCAUAAACGAGAGAUAAGACAAUGGCGACGGGCCUUUCUUGUGAGCCUGUUUUUCUGUAUUCCUGUAAUGGGGCUGAUGAUAUAUAUGAUGGUUAUGGACCACCACCUUGCAACUCUUCACCAUAAUCAGAACAUGAGCCAAGAAGAAAUGAUUAGCAUUCAUUCUUCUAUGUUCCUGGAGCGCCAGAUCCUGCCAGGAUUGUCCAUUAUGAAUUUGCUAUCUUUUUUAUUGUGUGUACCUGUACAGUUUUUUGGAGGCUGGCACUUCUACAUUCAGGCCUACAAAGCACUGAAACAUAAAACUGCAAAUAUGGACGUACUGAUUGUCCUGGCAACUACCAUUGCAUUUGCUUAUUCUUUGGUUAUUCUUCUGGUUGCAAUGUAUGAGAGAGCCAAAGUGAACCCUGUUACUUUCUUUGACACACCUCCUAUGCUAUUUGUGUUUAUUGCACUAGGCCGGUGGCUGGAACAUGUAGCAAAGGGCAAAACAUCAGAGGCUCUUGCCAAACUAAUUUCACUACAAGCUACAGAAGCAACUAUUGUAACUCUCGACUCUGAUAAUAUCGUCUUGAGUGAAGAGCAAGUGGAUGUGGAACUUGUACAACGUGGAGACAUCAUUAAAGUGGUUCCAGGAGGCAAAUUUCCAGUGGAUGGGCGUGUUAUUGAAGGACAUUCUAUGGUAGAUGAGUCCCUCAUCACAGGGGAGGCAAUGCCUGUGGCUAAGAAGUCUGGCAGCACAGUGAUUGCUGGUUCCAUUAACCAGAAUGGGUCACUCCUUAUCCGUGCAACCCAUGUUGGAGCAGACACAACCCUUUCUCAAAUUGUCAGACUUGUAGAGGAGGCACAAACAUCAAAGGCUCCUAUCCAGCAGUUUGCAGACAAACUCAGUGGCUACUUUGUUCCUUUUAUUGUCAUUGUUUCCAUUGCUACCCUUUUGGUUUGGAUUAUAAUUGGAUUUCUGAAUUUUGAAAUCGUGGAAACCUACUUUCCUGGCUACAACAGAAGUAUCUCCCGAACAGAAACAAUAAUACGCUUUGCUUUCCAAGCCUCAAUCACAGUUCUGUGCAUUGCAUGCCCCUGUUCACUGGGAUUGGCCACUCCAACUGCCGUGAUGGUGGGUACAGGAGUAGGCGCUCAAAAUGGCAUACUAAUCAAAGGUGGUGAGCCAUUGGAGAUGGCUCAUAAGGUUAAGGUAGUGGUAUUUGAUAAAACUGGAACCAUUACCCAUGGAACCCCAGUAGUGAAUCAAGUAAAGGUUCUAGUGGAAAGUAACAGAAUGUCACGCAAUAAGAUCCUGGCCAUUGUGGGAACUGCUGAAAGUAACAGUGAACACCCUCUAGGAGCAGCCAUAACCAAAUACUGCAAGCAGGAGCUGGACACUGAAACCUUGGGUACCUGCAUAGAUUUCCAGGUUGUGCCAGGCUGUGGUAUUAGCUGUAAAGUCACCAAUAUCGAAGGCUUGCUACACAAGGAUAACUGGAAUAUAGAGGAAAACAAUAUUAAAAAUGCAUCCCUGGUUCAAAUAGAUACAAGUAAUGAACAGUCAUCAACUUCAUCUUCAAUGAUUAUUGAUGCCCAGCUCUCAAAUGCUCUUAAUGCUCAGCAGUACAAAGUUCUUAUUGGUAACCGGGAGUGGAUGAUUAGAAAUGGUCUUGUCAUUAAUAACGAUGUAAACGAUUCCAUGACUGAACAUGAGAGAAAAGGUCGGACUGCUGUAUUGGUAGCAGUUGAUGAUGAGCUGUGCGGCUUGAUAGCUAUCGCUGAUACAGUGAAGCCUGAAGCAGAAUUGGCAGUCCAUAUUCUGAAAUCUAUGGGCUUAGAAGUAGUUCUGAUGACUGGAGACAACAGUAAAACAGCUAGAUCUAUUGCUUCUCAGAUUGGCAUUACUAAGGUGUUUGCUGAAGUUCUACCUUCCCACAAGGUUGCUAAGGUGAAGCAACUUCAAGAGGAGGGGAACCGGGUAGCAAUGGUAGGAGAUGGAAUCAAUGACUCCCCAGCUCUGGCGAUGGCUAAUGUUGGAAUUGCCAUUGGCACAGGCACAGAUGUAGCCAUUGAAGCAGCCGAUGUGGUUUUGAUACGGAAUGAUCUUCUGGAUGUAGUGGCAAGUAUUGAUUUAUCAAGGAAGACAGUCAAGAGGAUUCGGAUAAAUUUUGUCUUUGCUCUAAUUUAUAAUCUGAUUGGAAUUCCCAUAGCUGCUGGAGUUUUUAUGCCCAUUGGUUUGGUUUUGCAGCCCUGGAUGGGAUCUGCUGCAAUGGCUGCUUCAUCUGUUUCAGUAGUACUUUCUUCACUCCUCCUUAAACUUUACAGGAAACCAACUUAUGAGAAUUAUGAACUACAUGCCCGAGGCCAGAUGGGACAGAAAAGUCCUUCAGAAAUAAGUGUUCAUGUUGGAAUAGAUGAUACCUCAAGAAAUUCUCCUAAACUGGGUUUGCUGGACCGGAUUGUUAAUUACAGCAGAGCCUCCAUAAACUCACUGCUGUCUGAUAAACGAUCACUGAACAGUGUUGGUACCAGUGAACCUGACAAGCACUCACUCCUGGUGGGAGACUGCAGGGAAGAUGACGACAGUGCGUUGUAACAGGCCACAGAGAGUGCUGCUAGAUGAUGUUGUUCUGCACUGACACAGAAUUCAUGGUCACCUUAGCUUUUUAAAAUAUUGCAGGGCUUUAUGUUGGUCUCAUGCUCUUAUGUUAGGGAAUCUAUUUGAAUUACAUUUGUCUAAUGGCAAAAAUACCUUUUUCAGGGCAUCAGCUCGGAACCUAGCUUUAUUGAAAAUGAAUUUCCAGUAUUUUUUGUUUUCACUAGCAACAGAUAAGGUAGACCUGGGAGGUUUACAAGUCCUACAACUGAAGAUUGCUGAAUUGCUGCUAAAGUCAUAGAUAAUUUUUAUUUGACCAAAAAAAAAAAGUUCAAGAAAAGAUCAUUGAAAUUUUGAAGAUUUGAGCACAUAAUCUUGAGGAGAUUCUCGAGCCCUCCUCCCUGCCAGAUUGGGGAGCAACGGCUUUCAAAGCACUGUAUAAAGAAUCCUGUUUUAGAAGCAAAAUAAUAGCAACUGUUUAAAAAUAGACAGGCCUAUUUAUUACAGGCUUUCUUUCCCCCUUCUUCUCCCUGCAUCUUUGUCUUUGCCUUUGCUUUCUUAGAUGCCCCAAUGUGUUUUCUUUUAUUAUGUUCUUUCAAGUGAGCUAAGUGUAGGUGGUUUCUCAUUGACAAAAAUAACUGACAACUUUUCCAGUAACUUGUUUGUUUCUUUAUCUUGUAGCUCAGAAGACCUUCAGGGCCUAUAUGGUUCCCUGCUUCCCACCUUUCCAUUGUUGUAAAAAAUAUAUCAGAUUCCUCCUUCAGUGACUCCGUAGCUCUGUGCAAGCUUUCAGUUCACUCCUGCUGGGUUCAGCUAUAAGUUGUUCUUAGUAUCGUCUAUCAGCCUCAGUUCAGAAACUUAAGAUUUUGAGCCACUUCUACAAUUGAUUUUUUUCCAAAGAUUGACACUACCAUGUUUAACAGGUACCGGUCAUAUAAAAUUACCUGGAUUCACUAAAUAUGUCCUUUUCUGGAGAGAAUGCAAGACAUUAGCUGAUAUUUAUAAUUUAAUAGAUUUUAAUGGUCUUUUAUUGUUUUAGAUAAUCUCUCAAAAUGACUUUAAAAUAAUGCUAUUACGCAAAGCUGCCUUUACCAAAAAAUACAGUAAAUUGUAAUACAGAAAUGAGAAUUUCCCUAGGUUGUGAUACCUUUUAGCUAACUCUAUAUUUUUCUCUAGUUUAAAACAUUUGCACUUGCUAGUUAGUGUGGUUGGCAAAUUCACGGGCUUGUUCUCAUCAGCAUAUAAAUUUAGAAAUCCCCCUGUGAGUGCCUGGGAGUUAAUACACUGGUCAGAGAUCUGGUACUUGUAUCACUAUUUAAAUUAACUUGUUAACUGCAAGGUGGAUUUCAGAUGCAGAAUAUGUAAGUGAAGAAAACUCAUACAUAAAUUCCUAACAUCUAUUCCCAUUGUCAUAUGUAAAGUUGCUAGCACAAUUCCUAGCACAUAGGAUUUGUGCUCAGUAAAUGUUAGUUCUUAUUUCCCCUUGAGGUCAGUGAUAUCAAAAAUCGCUUUUACAGAGCAGAGUCUAAAAUCAGGUGGGAGUGGGGGAUGGGGUUCUUCCCACCUUUCCAACUUCCUUUUUCUCUUGUUCUUUCAUACACACUCAAAAAAGUUUACAACAUAAUUCCAUGCUGACUUUUCAGAUUUGGAAAAGAUCUCAUUUUUAUCUCAGCUAUCUUAAAGACAGAACUGAAACUUGAUGAAGGUGCUAUUAAUCUAGAAAAGCAAACCAAUUUUAAUGAAAUAUGAAUGAGUUUGUAGGUCUAGGCUCUUUUUUAGACCAAUGCCUGUGCCAUCUUCCAUGCUUUCAAUUUGAAAUUUUUUUUUUUUUUUUGUGGUAUGCGGGCCUCCCUCUGUUGUGGCCUCUCCCGUUGCGGAGCACGGGCUCCGGACGCUCAGGCUCAGCGGCCAUGGCUCACGGGCCCAGACGCUCCGCGGCAUGUGGGAUCCUCCUGGACCAGGGCGCGAACCCGGUUCCCCUGCAUCGGCAGGCGGACGCGCAACCACUGCGCCACCAGGGAAGCCCUGACAUUUUUUUAACAUCUUUAUUGGAGUAUAAUUGCUUUACAAUGGUGUGUUAGUUUCUGCUUUACAACAAAGUGAAUCAGUUAUACAUAUACAUAUGUUCCCAUAUCUCUUCCCUUUAAUAUUUGUUUUUUAUUUUAAUUCCAGUGGCCUGUCAUACCACAACUUGUUUCUUCUAGAAGAAAUAGCUAAUACAACAAAGGUAUAAUAUAGACUUUUGAAAAAGAAGCACCUUUCUCUGUCUCUCUCUCUCUCCCUCCUUCCCUUCCUCCCCCUCUCCUUCCCCUCACUUUCACUCUUCUAUCUCUCUGAAGCACUUGAACAUAGCCAGUUACUACUUUUAUUUUUCUGUGUGUGUUAGAGUUGUCCACUUGGCCUCACACGCCAAGGGAUCCACAUGUCAUAGGGCAAUGAGAAGAGCAGCCUGUAUAAUCUGGGAAAAAUCAAGGAUGCAAUUUCAGCCCUUAGUACAGGAACAGAAAACAUGCUGUUUAUAAAGAAUCCUGCUUUAAAUAUCUAUAGCCAUCUUUGAAUUCUCUACCACAAGUCUCUUGCAAUUCUGAACUCCCAUUAGCUUAAUAGAGCAGCUGUAGUCACCGGAGAGAGACAUAUGGAGGGGAUCAAAAACACUGCUUUCAGUUAGUAACUAGCUUUAAGUAAUUAGUUGCUAGUGAGAACAAAUUUUAUAAAUGUGUGCGUAUGCAUCUGUGUUUAUUCAUAUCAUACAUAUAUACAUAUAUUACCCAUAUAGAAGGAAAAUGGAUUUAUAUUUGAAUUUGAUAUUAGAAUAUUUUAAGUUCUUUAUUUGUUGUUCCUUUGUCACUCUUUUGUAUUCACUCAGCAACCAUGCCCUCAGUCUGAAGAUAACAAGGAUGUUUUGAUAUCCAGUGCUGGUUCAGACUCAACUAAGGGGCACCUUUUAUCUUAAAUAUCCAAAGAUGCCUUUUAAAUUUCAACGGUUAAAACAUAACUGUUUAGUGUUGUAGUCUAAAGAAGUAUGGUUGUCAGUUGUGAAAAUAGAAAUGUUAUUUUUCGUAGUUUAGUAUCAACGUUUUAGGUGUUAGAUUUGAUGCCUUGUGAACAAAUAAUUUUAUAUUGUGCUUCAACUUUUGAAAAGUUAUACUUUUAUUGGAUGUAUUCUUUGUUCAAAAUGCUUAAAUAGCAUUGUAGGCAAGAUGUUUCCAAACAUUUAAGUGUGCGUAUCUUUUAUGUACACAGCUGAAAAUCAAGAAUGUAUGUUCUUAGAGAAUUUUUUCCACUACUUAUGGAUCUUGCUUUAAAAUUAUUUUUCUUAAUAUUUAUUUUACUCUAUUUUAUUAUUUUCUUUGGCUGAGGCAUCUGGUUACUGGUUGUUUUAAUAAGAAUUAGAAUAAAAACAUUCCUGGAAUCACUCCUUUUGGAUAUUUUUGUUUCUUACUUUUCUCUAUUUUAAAAAUAUUAUUUUACCAAAUAUAAAAAAUGCAGAUUCGUGCCAAAUUAUUAGCUAUCUUAACACUAACUUUCUGUAGUCCUUCUGAAAGUUUAUCUGGUAUGAGUAACCAGAUAGAGCACAAAAGCAUGAAUUCUUGUUCUUCAAUUAAAAGAGCUUCUCUAAUGGCACUGAUAGUAAAUGCCUUUUGUAGCCAAAACCAGGCGUCUCAAACUUAUGCUUUUAGUUAAAGAAAUGUUUAACUAACCAUUGUUGAACAUUGAUUGUUUGAUACCCAAAACAGCAGUGGACGAUGUUGUGCAAUAAUCAUCUACUAUAGUCAAGAUAUUCAGUAGUUUGUUUUUCCAUAAGCAUGUAAUUGAUCAUAUAUCUGCCAAGGAUGUG